AUGUCUUCGUACGACCAGUCCAACGAGUUUUCUCAUCAGUUUAAGCACUCGGACUACGAACGCCGGAACUCGGUGGUUUAUGGUUCUCUUGGUAAAGGUGGACUUUUCAUCCCUAAAGACUUUGUAACCCCCCGUGCCAUUGACUCAUUUGUGGAUGAGAACUCGGUGGAAUCAGAUGAACAAAGCCCAUUGAUUGUGGCAGGGCCCAACCACAGACGGAAAUCCACCAUCGAAAGAGACAUUCUUAGAAAGGAGCGUGAGGUGCUCAAGGACAACAAUAUAUUUGUAUCUUCUGACACUGCUGCUGAAGAUGAGGAUGAGGAACACAUUAGAAGAACGUUUGAAGAGGCGGUGGUGGCCAAUAAAAUCCCCGUCACCACCGUGUCGUUGGAAUUGAGGCAUUUGCUCAAGUCGUCCAUUCCUUUGGUGUUGACGUUUCUCUUGCAGAAUUCCUUGAGUACGGUGUCGGUGUUGUCGGUAGGCCAUUUAGGGGCUACCGAGUUGGCGGCAGUGUCAAUGGGUUCUAUGACCGCCAAUAUCACCGGGUACGCCGCCAUACAGGGUGUAGCCACGGCGUUGGACACGUUGUGCCCCCAGGCGUUUGGUGCUAAGAAGUAUCAUCUCGUGGGGGCCUACUUCCAAAAAUGUACCGCUCUUAUCUUCACGUUCAUGUUACCAAUUUUAGUGGUGUGGCUCUUUUUCGGCUACCAGUUGAUCUGUUUGAUGGUUCCCGACAAGGAGACCGCCAAGUUGUCGGCGGUUUACCUUCAGUAUAUAACUCCCGGUAUUCCUGGGUAUAUUUUGUUUGAGUGUGGGAAGCGGUUCUUACAGGCCCAGGGAGUAUACCACAUAUCCACAUAUGUGUUGUUCAUUGCCGCCCCUUCUAAUGCCAUCAUGAACUUCUACUUUGUUAGUAAACUUGGUUACUAUGGGGCUCCUUUGGCCGUGGCCAUAAACUACUGGAUCAUGGCCUUAGGUUUACUUGUAGGAACUGUUUACUUUGUCAAACCCGAACAGACGGCUUCAGGAUUGCACCCAUUAAAGUGCUGGAAUGGGCUUAACGUUAAGGAAGCGUUUGGUGCCUGGGACAAGUUGAUAUAUCUUGCAAUUCCAGGGUUGAUCAUGUUAGAAGCAGAGUUUUUAGCAUUUGAGAUCUUGACAUUAAUAGCUUCGUACUUGGGGACCGUGGCGUUGGCAGCCCAGUCGGUGGGAUCUACGAUGGCGUCCUUGACGUAUCAGAUCCCCUUUGCUAUCGGAAUUGCGGCGUCCACCAGAAUCGCCAAUUACUUGGGAGCAGGUUUGGCCGAAUCCGCUAAGAAAUCGACCCAGGUGGCCUUGAGCUUCGGAUUGGUCAUUUCGGCCUUUAACUUCAUUGUGUUGUUCACUUUUGACCGUCAAAUUGCCAAUAUGUUUACCAGUGACGAGAGGGUCAUCAAGGCCAUUGAAGGAGUGAUGUGGUUGAUUGCAUUGAUGCAAGUGAGUGAUGCUGUUAACGCAAAUUCCGCUGGAUGCUUGAGAGGACAAGGACAGACCAAAAUUGGUGGAAUCGUCAACUUGGUGUCCUACUAUAUUGUGGGCUUGCCCUUAUCAAUUUACCUCACGUUCUACUCCCCUUGGAAAGGUACCUUAGAUGGUCUUUGGAUUGGGUCCACUGUGGCAUUGACUCUCAUUGGAGUGAUCCAGAGUUACUACGCGUUGUUUGCAGACUUCAACAAGUUGUGUGAAGAUGCCAGAAACAGAACCGGCGGUGAUUCAACCGUUUAA